AUGCCCAGCAGCUUGAGACCCAGAGUGCCUACAGGACAAGCAGUGACUAAUACCCAUUUAAAAAUCAACUGGUCAAAUUGGGAGAUGGAUAUGUCCACUGCUUCCUCCCUGCUAGACACCCCAGAAUUGUCCUUGCAUAAUACAUCAUAUCAUUUGGACAGUUUGCCCCUUAGUAGCCUCAAAGAUGAAGAGCAAUUUGAUGUCCCAGAAUUAGACCUCCAAGUACCCCAAUUUGAUCUACAAUGGUUACUGUGCUAUACAAAAACAGAGCUGAUAAAACCUACCUUUGAAGAACCAGACUAUGACUUGGACAAGUUUUUUGUGAUUACACAAACUAGAGCUGAAAUGCCUAUGGAAACACCACAGAUCUUUCAUGGCAAUGGUUGUACAUCAGAAAACCCAGUGGAUUUCCUAAAGUUGUUUAAUCAUGCAAUGAGACAACAGUCCAUCACUGUGAGCAUGGAUAAGCUAGAUGCAUUUGGAGAUUACCUGGGUAUGGGUUCUCAGGCCAAAAUAUGGUUUAAAGCUCUUCAAUCAAUGAGUAAAGCCACAUGGCCAGUGUUCAUCACAGAGUUUGAAAAAUGCUGGCCACCAAUCGUAAUUAUGGAAAAAACCAAAGCAGAGUAUGAAAAGGAACUGCUAGAGUUUUUGUUGACAGACAAGGAGGUUGGGACAAGGAUUAUGCUAUACAAUCAGGAAUGCUGGACACAUGUUGCCUGGGCCACAAAGGUAUUGCAGCUUGCAACAAGUGCAGGAAUUGCAUUGAGUAUGUUGAUGAUCUGGCAGGUUAGAGGAAAGUUCCUGAGUGUCAUAAAAGAUCUGUUGAAGGAUAUGGAGUAUAUGAAUUGGAUGGAAUUCAUGAAGGAGCUUACAGAGCUGAAAGGAAUGUGGCUCAAGGAGAAGAAAGAACAGCAGGCGAAACAGGAACUUGAAGUUAGCUUAUUGCAUGCAGAUGUAGCCCACUUACAGCAAUGGUGCAACACAAAACCCUAUCACAGCACUCCAGAAUCAACUCUCACAAAUGUCCAUUAA